AUGUUCUCCUCCCUUACAGAGCAACUUCGCGAUGAACUUGAUACGAAUAUCCAGAUUCAGGAUACUAUCGCCGACCCGGAGCUUUCCAAAAUCCUUCGAAAUCAGCAUUACAUCCCAUGUCUUGCUCAUGUUAUCCAACUCUGUGUUACCUCCUUUAUGAAUAAAUUGCGGAUCGCAGCGGAGAAUAACACUGUCUCCUACAUAUGGGAGAACAGCGAUGAAACGCUCAAAGCGUCUGGUAGUAUUUCACGAGCCAUUGAAAAGGAGGAUGCUGAGGAAGGCUUCCUCAGCUUCCUUUCGGUCAUAACCGAGAAGAUUCGAAAAAUCACUAAAUUCGUGAACGCUAGCCCUCAACGUCGUGAAAGAUUUCAACUUACUCAGCGUCUGGAAUCUGGAUCUGUAUACUAUCUUCUUCUCGACUGCAAAACCCGCUGGAACUCUUCCUACCUGAUGAUUCGACGCGCACUGAAGCUCCGCCAACCAAUCGAGAGCUUUAUCCAGCACUGGGAUAGUCAGAAGCUUGACUACCUGCGGCCUACACCGGUAGAAUGGAAACAGUUGGAAUAUCUUCUGGAGCUUCUAUAUCCGUUUUACAUCUUCACGUCCUGCCUCUCGGAGAACACCGGCCCUACCGUCCAUAGGGUAUAUGAUAUCUACAACGAUCUGUUCGACCAUCUGGAUCUUGCCAUCAAUCGUCUUCGGAACAAACGAGCCUCGUGGAAACAACAGAUUCUUGAAGGCUUAGAAGAAGCCCACAAGAAACUCCGGAAAUACUAUCGGCGAACAUACCAAGCAGAGGGUUAUAUCUAUGCUAUUGCAACGAUUCUUGAUCCUACCUCCAAGCUUGAGAAGUUCAAAACAGCUACGUGGCUGGACGAUGACACUGAUUGGUAUCAAAAAUAUCGCACUGUUUUUGAGAAGGUGUUCCACUUCUACCGCAGGCACUACUGGGUUAAACUGAUAUUAUUGCCUACUGGAAAUCUCGUCUGCAACCAGUUCCCGAUCCUCUACUCUAUGGCAAGAGACUUCCUUACGGUCGCAACCAACGGUGUCAGUGUUAAACGCCUCUUCAACAGCUCCCGAGAUAUCUGUCACUAUCGCCGGAGUCGGUUAUAUCCCGAUACUAUUGAGGCGAUUAUGCUGCAGAUGUGUACCGAUCGCUUUACCAUCAAUGAGGAAUAUCAGCAGAUUCUUGAUGAGGUUAACCCCGACUCCAUUGUCUUUGUACACAAGGAAGAAGACGAUGAUACAACCGAAGCGCCUUUGUAUAUUAGUGACAAUGAGGAUAUGGAUGAUAUGGAUGAGGAUCCGGAGGAUGGAUUGUUGCCAGAACCUCCGCAUACUACCCGGACUGUUAAAGAGACACGAUCCCUUCGACAUUAUGAACGACGCCCGGGACAGUAUAAAGAAUAG